AUGUCCAACACACAACUCCUCAAAGCUGCGGUGCAGCAGAAACUGGCCGCAGCUGCUGAGGAGAUUUUCCGCCUGUUCGAACAAACUCUCAGAGACUAUGAGCAGGAGGUUCUCCCCUCGAAGAUGCGGGUGGAGCAGCAGCGCACACUGAGCCGGUGCCAAGGCCCUGUGCAGCUCUCUGUGGAGGAAGAGGACAUCCCGUCAGGACAGGACCUCUGUGAGGAGGCGACUGACGUGGGCGAGGAUGACGAGGAGCCCCUGCAGGUAAAAGAGGAGCAGGAGGACGAACAGUGGGCCGCUGAGGCAGGUGAAAAGCAGGAGGAGGCUGACACCAAAGAGUCAAUGUUCAAUAUCAUCUACGUGCAGAGAAGUGAUGAAGAUGGAAAACAGUCGCCUUGUCGAAGCCAAGAGGUUGAAAAUAGAGUAGACCCUUUGCCCAGCAGCUCAUCUGAACAGCUGAGAGCAGAACCCGAGAGAGGCCGCUGUGGUGCGUCGGAGCCGACCAGUGACUUCCAGAUGAGUGAAGACAGUGAUGACGAGUGGAGAGACAGCAGUCCUCCUCUCUCAGGUGUAGAGACACCCCAGCAAGCCGGGGAGACGGUAGAGAGGCCGUACACCUGCAGCGUGUGCAACAAGAAUUUCAGGAUUAAAUCCAUCCUGACUCGCCACAUGAAGACACACACCGGGGAGAAACCUUACAGCUGCAGUGUCUGCGGCAAAAGCUUCAUCCAGCGCUCCUAUCUGCACACUCACAUGAACUCGCACUCUGGACAGAAACCGCACACGUGUAGUCACUGCGGCAGAGGAUUCACGCAGGUCGGGAACAUGAACGCCCACAUGCGAAUCCACACGGGGGAGAAGCCUCACAGCUGCUCCGACUGUGGCAAGAGUUUCAGAGAGAAAGCAGAUCUCGUCAAGCACACAAUAAUACACACCGGAGAGAAGCCAUACACCUGCACUGUGUGUACCAUGAGAUUCAGUGCUCAGUCCAAUCUAACGCGCCACAUGAAGACUCAUUCAGGGGAGAAGCCAUACAGCUGUGCCGCCUGUGGGAAACGAUUCAUACGACGCUCCCAUUUAAUCGUUCACAUGAGGACUCAUGCAGGAGAGAACUCAGAAAAACAUUACAACUGCCCAUGAUAUUUAUUUAAUCAUUUCCAGCUUAGAGCCAAUGUAACGUUCAGUUACAUUGGCUCUAAAGACACAGUUACAGUUACAGUGGAUGACGACGUAGAGGAGUAAAACCAAUAUCAAAAACACUUUUCCUAUUAAUAAUCUUGUUUCUACUUAUAAUUCCUCGGCUGUUCAGUAGAUGCUCUUGCUUUGACUUGAGUAUUAAAAGUGAUAUUGCUGCUGUACCUUUAAGUCUUCAUUUCAGUUGCAAAUCAAAUGACCAUCAUAAACAAAUGUUGGCCAAGAGAUUAGAUCAAGUGCUUGAAUUGGCGAAGUCCAGAAACCGCUGAAACCAUUCCUCUUGAAUUAGGUGUGGCUCUCUGACACUGGCUGAACAAUACAUGGGUCUGUCUUCACCCGCCAUUGCUUGAUCACAAGACCCCAAGAAGCUGACUGGGGAGGUAAGUAACUCACAUUUCUCAACUUUAACAACAAGCUUGUUCUCCACCAGGCAGCAGUAUGUUCCUCCACGUCUUGGGACAAGAUGAGGAUGUCGUCCAAGUAGACAAAGACAGCAAUUCAACAUGUCCCGCAGGACGUCAUUCAGUAGAGCUGGGAUAAGCGGUUGCUCAGUGAGACCAAAGGUCGUGACCAAAUAUUCAUCAAAUAUUUAAAAUGGUGAGGUGGUAGAUGUUAUGGAGGUCCAGCUUGGAGAAAAAUGUGGUUUUGUGGAGAAGUUUAAAAUCUGAGUUGAUGAAGGGUAGAGGAUAAUUGUUCUUUACCUUUCAGAGAAGGUUUGGUCUGAAUGUAAAGUCUUAAAACAGAAGUGGAUCAUUUGAUUAUCAAAUUAAAAAAUAAACUUGUUUUAUACUGACUAUCAGACCUUGUAUAGCUUACUUUUAAAAAUAAAGACAAACACAGACGUCUGCUCAGAGGCACUGUGGACAAUGUUGCCAGAUGAGUUAAAGUAAAUUUGUAUGUGUAUAUUAUACACAUGUGUAUAAUGUUUUCAAGUUGUGUGAAGUUAUCUUUGCUUGUGUUUUUGGCUUAGGUUUUUCUAUCUAUUGAAGAGAAAAAACAGGGAAAUUACAGGGGGGAAAAAAACAUUACAGGGACAGUAAAUAAAAGACUAUAUAUAUAUAUAUCCAUGAUGGUCAAAUAUCAGAGGUAUUCAAAGAUAUCCAUUUGUACGGAAUCGUUUGCUUUAAAAAAAAAAAAGAAGCUCUGUUUUUCCGAGGAAAUUAUCUCGGAGAAAAACAGGGGGAAAAAUUGGGUGCGGGAAAAGCUCUGUUUUUCUCGUAAAAACUGGAGGGAGAAAAUCAGAAAAAACAGAGCUUUUUUACAUGCUUUUAUUUUGAAAGUGACGUAUAGCGUCGCUUAAAACUGUCAGACUCUCCUUCUGUAUACAUAACAGUGAAAUACAAAAGACUAAUGUAGCCGAGCAGUUUUUUAUCUUAUACUGUCAGGAGGCCUCAGCAGAGAGAGGACACGAGAGAUGGUUAUUGAAUCGGGACAUCAGGCCCGUUUACUCCCCUUCACACUUCACAACAUCUCUAUCGACAGAACCCUCUUACGUUAGAACCCCUUUCAAAACAAGAGUACCAACCAACACCCUGCUUAUAACUACACAUCAAUCUUCCAUAAUAAAGCCACUAACAACUGGACAAAAAUGAAAACUAUCCAUUACCUAUCUGGAGCAUAACCCCCGAAAGAUGGUCUAGACUUUCAACUGAUGUUUUCAGUUUUAUUUGAAACUUCCCUAAACAACACCGUAAGAGCUCGCGCCUCUUCGGAGGGUCACUAAACAUAAAACGUUUCCUUUGUGAAGUAACAGAUUCAUAACAAUAAGUCCGUGUCUAUACAGGAACUUCACUUUCAAAAUAACAAAAAAAAGCUCUGUUUUGCUAAUAAUUUUUUUUGUGCAAAAAAAGGCAUUAGAAAAACAGAGCUUGUAAAUACAAUACGCUUCCUUAAAUUUGUUAUUGUUUU